UAAUACCAACAAAUCCAGGGGUAGUUUCGACAUUUAAUUACUGUAUCAGCUGAACACUCCGUCUUGCCAUUGAUUCCUUCCAGCAAAGAAUGAGAUGCAGUCAGAGAGAGCGUUAAGAAAAUAAAAUUACAAUGCAGAGAGAUGGAGCGAUAAGAAGAAACAGAAAAUGAAAGAUAGAGACAAUCCAUCGGUUGUUGCGGCUCCUUCAAGAGAGAGACGGUGACUUGCGCGCGGAUGCGGGUGCGGAUGGGAUCUACCACUGCUUCUACUUGUUGCUGCUGUUGCUGCCACUACUUCUACUUCGCCAACUGUUUUUGAUUCAAAUCCACAUUCCGUUUCCUUUUCAUUUUUCAGGACUUUGUGAAUCAUUUCACCAAAUUGUCAGUUCAUUUUGUGGUUUCUUUUGGAUUUCUUUAAGAAGCUUGAUGGGUUCCAGAUACCCAUCUCAUAAACUCAGUAAUGGCCUCUAUGUGUCGGGCCGGCCAGAGCAGCCAAAAGAAAAAACUCCAACAAUGAGUUCAACAGCUAUGCCAUACACUGGUGGUGACAUUAAGAAAUCAGGAGAACUAGGAAAAAUGUUUGAUAUCCCUAUGGAUGGUUCUAAGUCUAGGAAAUCUGGACCAAUGUCUGGUGCUCCAUCAAGAACUGGAUCUUUUCCUGGGGCUCCUCAACACUCAGGUCAAAUGGCACCUAAUGUUGCUCCCCGUGCUGGCUAUACUGUGUCAGGUCCUUUAUCCUCCGGAGGCAUGCCUGGUUCAGGUCCAUUAAAGAAGUCUAGUUCUGGACCACUGAAUAAACAUGGGGAACCAGUAAAGAAGUCCUCUGGCCCUCAAUCUGGUGGAGCAACACGACAAAAUUCUGGGCCUAUCCCUCCAGUUCUCCCUGCAACUGGUCUUAUAACAUCAGGGCCCUUAAAUUCUUCCGGAGCUCCUCGGAAAGUAUCAGGUCCUCUGGAAUCUAUGGGCCCAGGGAAAAUUAACAGCUUCUCCAUUGCUCACAAUCCAGCAGUGACCACUCUCAGUCAAGAUGAUGAUUAUUCUUUCAUGAGGAACUUCCCAAGGACAGUAUUAUGGUUAGUGAUUCUGAUAUUUGUAAUGGGCUUCCUUGCCGGUGGUUUUAUUCUCGCAGCAGUUCACAAUGCCAUUCUUCUCGUUGUUGUUGUGGUUCUUUUUGGAGCAAUUUCUGCAUUAUUUGUUUGGAAUAUAUGUUGGGGAAGAAGAGCUACCAUAGAAUUCAUCACUCAUUAUCCUGAUGCUGAUCUUAGAACUGCAAAUAAUGGCAAAUAUGUGAAAGUCUCUGGGGUGGUUACCUGUGGUAAUGUGCCUUUGGAUUCAUCGUUCCAAAGGGUUCCCAGAUGUGUCUAUACAUCAACCAGAUUAUCUGAGUAUCGAGGAUGGGGUUCGAGACCAGCCAACCCUAACCAUCGCCAUUUUACAUGGGGUGUAAGAUCAUCAGAGAGGCAUGUGGUUGACUUCUACAUCUCUGAUUUCCAAUCAGGGCUCAGGGCAUUGGUUAAGACUGGCAAUGGCUCAAGGGUAACUCCAUUUGUUGAUGAUUCUUUUAAUAUUGAUAUUGAUCCAAAGAAGAAAGACUUGUCUCCAGAGUUUGCCAGGUGGUUGGGACAGAAAAAUCUUUCAGGUGAUGAUCGUAAAAUGCAAUUGAAAGAAGGGUUCAUCAAAGAAGGUAGCACUGUUAGUGUGAUGGGAAUUGUUCAAAGAAAUGAAAAUGUACUUAUGAUUGUUCCGCCACCCGAGCCAUUGGCGACUGGAUGGCAGUGGCCUAAAUGCAUCUUUCCAGUUAGCCUUGACGGUAUUGUUUUGAGAUGUGAAGACACAUCAAAUGUUGAUGUCAUUCCCGUGUAGCUAUCGGUGGAUGAAAACUUCCUUGCUUAUCGGACAUGAAAUAUAUCCUAUUUCCUCGACCAUUAUUGAGAGGUUGCAGCGGCGGAUGUUGUAGUGAUAAGAAGUGAUGGUCCAAACUCAAAAGGUGAUUUAAUAUCCUACAAUUUUUUCUCCUUCAACUUGGUGUAUAGGUUUGUGAGGUUUCUUUUCCAUUUUUUUUUUUUUUUCUUGUUUUUCGAGUGACAACUUCCACAAUGAGGGUGGCUUCUUAAAGUGGGGAAUUUUGUGUGUUGAGCAGCAACCAGCAGGCAGUUUGUGAAGAUGGAAAAUUGUUGUUGUUGAGUAGCUUUAAUUUUGAGUCCCCCCUAAUUGUCGAAUAUGACAUUUAUCUUUCUUAAUUGUGUAUUUCAUUGAUUGAUUCCUUGAUGUUGCUCCCA